AUGGUCGACAACGAGGCCAUCUACGAUAUCUGCCGCCGCAACCUCGGCAUUGAGCGCCCCAGCUAUGAGAACCUGAACCGUCUGAUCGCCCAGGUUGUCUCCUCCAUCACCGCCUCGCUGCGUUUCGACGGUUCCCUGAACGUCGACCUCAACGAGUUCCAGACCAACCUGGUCCCCUACCCCCGUAUUCACUUCCCUCUGGUCGCUUACUCGCCCGUCAUCUCUGCCGACAAGGCUGCCCACGAGGCCCACUCGGUCACUGAGAUCACCUCCAACUGCUUCGAGCCCAACAACCAGAUGGUCAAGUGUGACCCCCGUAACGGCAAGUACAUGGCCACCUGCCUGCUCUACCGUGGUGAUGUCGUCCCCAAGGAUGCUCACGGUGCUGUUGCCACCCUCAAGACCAAGCGUACUAUCCAGUUCGUCGACUGGUGCCCUACUGGCUUCAAGCUCGGUAUCUGCUACCAGCCUCCCCAGCAGGUCCCCAACGGCGAUCUCGCCAACCUCAGCCGCGCUGUCUGCAUGCUGUCCAACACCACCGCCAUCGCCGAGGCCUGGUCCGCCCUCGACCACAAGUUCGAUCUCAUGUACUCCAAGCGUGCCUUCGUCCACUGGUACGUUGGUGAGGGUAUGGAGGAGGGUGAAUUCUCUGAGGCUCGUGAGGAUCUCGCUGCUCUGGAGCGCGACUACGAGGAGGUUGCCAGCGACUCCCUUGAGGAGGAGGAGCUUGAGCCCGAGUACUAG